UUCCCCAAAUACUUCUCGACCUAUGGGAACAACAACAACAAUGGCAGGGAUCAAGCUUCUAUCGGUGUUUGCAAAGAUUUCCAGGAGAGUGAAGAUAUGUUUGACGCUAUGUUCGCUGGAGGAUUUGAUCGAUUUAAUGAGGGGGAUGACGACCCCAAGGCCCUAGCCAACAAGGACCAAUGGUGGUCAGAAGAGAAGGGUCUUGAUAAUAAAGACGAGGAUGCUAUAUUUAAAGGGCUUCACAAGAAAAGUAAUGAGAAGGGUGAUAAUUUUGGCAACCAACUAUGGCAUGGAGAAGAGCUCCUAAAACCAUGGACUUUAUGGGAGGAACGGAAAGAUGAAGAGAAAGAUGUGUUUAAUUUUCAAGAUAUUGUAAACAAUGCGAGUGAUUUCAGGCCUGAUAGUAGUAUUGUGGAGAGUGAGACAACUGAUAGUCAGAAAAUUGAGGAUCCUGAAAAACUUGAGAAGGAAGAGAAACAGUUGACUGCGGUUCUCAAAGGACCCAACUGUGCUUUUGGUGAUCUUGUUGCUGCUUCUGGAAUUACGGAUGAAAUGAUUGACAGUUUGAUGGCAUUGAAGGACUUUGAAGAGGUUGAUGGCUUGCCACCCCUUAGAGAAAUAGAAGACAUGCGCUAUGAAAAGAGUACUAAAAAAUCUACUAGAGCUGAAAUUGAGCGACAGAAACAGGAGGAAGCUGCAAAAGCAAGAGUGAGAAAAGUAGAUGAGAAAGGACGUGCCUAUGGAACAGGAAGAAGGAAGUGCAGUGUAGCUCGUGUUUGGGUUCAGCCUGGUGAUGGUAAAUUUAUAGUUAAUGAUAAAGAAUUUGAUGUCUGCUUUCCUAUGCUUGAACAUCGGGCUACCCUAUUACGACCUUUCUCUGAGACAAAGACAUUGGGGCUUUGGGAUGUCGAUUGUACUGUGAAAGGAGGUGGUGUUUCAGGUCAAGUUGGAGCAAUACGGCUGGGGAUCAGUAGGGCUUUGCAAUGCUGGGAACCAGACUUGCGUCCCGCACUUAGAAGUGCUGGUUUCUUGACUCGGGAUCCUCGUGUGGUAGAAAGGAAAAAGCCCGGAAAGGCCAAAGCAAGAAAAAGUUUCCAAUGGGUCAAGCGUUAAAUACUUGGAGCUUCUGUUCAUGUACCAUGAAUUUUGUAUGGAGCAUCUCGCUUCUUUUAAUAAACUUGCCAAAAUUCAAUCAUCCUGUUCACCUGGGAUAGAAAGAGACACUAGGGUUUAUUUAGUUUUGGAAUGAACAUCUGAUCUUAUACUAUGCUAUAUUAUGAAAUUUUGGUUCAGUGCUGCAUGAAGUACUUGUUUUGUCCGCGUAUUUGUUUAUUCUUUUGGCAACCUGUGAUUCAGUUAUGGACA